AUGUCUACAAUGUAUGAAGCCGCCACUGCCAUCAAACCAAAAACAGCCGAGGACGAGCAAGUGUUGAAAAACCUGUGGUCGAUCCGACCGUGUUACUUAUAUAAUGAAGAGUACGAAGACUGUACGAGCAUCAAGGCCCGGUUCAAUCAAUACUUCAUACACGGCGAAUCGAUCGACUGCAAUCAGUGGAAGCGAGAUUUCGAUAAUUGUGUACGGUUUGAGAAGAACACAACGGAUACCAAAAGUGCACUGGAGCUAAUACAAAGCGAACAGAAGCGCCGCGAAGAACGAAUGCGUGCCCAUUACAGCAAUAACGUGUGGACGAAGCGACAGACUCCCCCGGACGAUUGGUCCAAACCACUGCCGGAACAUAUGCAAAAGGAAUACGAAAAUUCGUUUUUAGCCUUGAAGGCCAAAGAACGACGUGAAGGUUCGCCAACGCCGGAUUCGGAGACUUCUUCCUGCGCUAUAAUGUGA